GAGGGACCCGGGGGAAGCGGGCGGGCUGCAGCCAUGGCGGCGGCGGGAGGCAGCCGGACCAUCAGCAAGGACGAUGCCGAGUACAGGCUGCAUUUCCGAAUGAUCAACGAGCAGCAAGUGGAGGACAUCACCAUCGACUUCUUCUACAAGCCGCACACUAUCACUCUGCUCACCUUCACCAUCGUCAGCGUCAUGUACUUCGCCUUCACCAGGGAUGAUUCAAGUCCAGAAGACAAUAUCUGGAAAGGAAUUCUCUCAGUGGUGUUCUUUUUUCUAAUUGUAAGUGUUUUAGCGUUUCCUAACGGUCCUUUUACCCGACCUCAUCCAGCGAUAUGGAGAAUGGUUUUCGGUCUCAGCGUGCUCUAUUUCCUCUUCCUGGUGUUCCUGCUCUUCCUCAAUUUUGAGCAAGUGAAAUCGGUCAUGUACUGGCUCGACCCGAAUCUGCGCUAUGCCACUCGAGAAGCUGACAUUAUGGAAUAUGCCAUAAACUGUCAUGACAUAAGUUGGGAGAGGAUUCUCAGCCACUUUGACAUCUUCGCCUUUGGACACUUCUGGGGCUGGGCUAUGAAGGCAUUGCUGAUUCGCAGCUAUGGCCUCUGCUGGACCAUCAGUAUCACAUGGGAGAUGACUGAGCUGUUCUUUAUGCACCUUUUGCCGAACUUUGCUGAAUGCUGGUGGGAUCAGGUUAUUCUUGACAUCUUGCUGUGCAAUGGAGGUGGCAUCUGGCUGGGGAUGGUGGUCUGUCGUUUCCUAGAAAUGAGAACCUACCACUGGGGAAGUUUCAAGACCAUUCACAGCACCAGUGGGAAGCUGAAACGAGCCGUGCUGCAGUUUACGCCAGCCAGCUGGACGUACGUCCGUUGGUUUGACCCAAAAUCCUCUGUGCAAAGAGUUGCUGGAAUUUACCUCUUUCUGAUAAUUUGGCAGCUGACUGAACUGAAUACAUUUUUCUUGAAACAUAUCUUUGUGUUUCAAGCGAGCCACGCCUUGAGUUAUGGUCGAAUCCUCUUUAUUGGUGUGAUCACUGCUCCUACUGUACGACAGUAUUACGCAUAUCUUACCGAUAGUCAAUGCAAAAGAGUUGGAACUCAGUGCUGGGUCUUUGGUGCCAUUUCCUUUCUGGAAGCAAUAGUAUGCAUCAAGUCCGGUCAGGAUCUUUUCUCCAAAACCGUGGGCUUGUAUGUCAUCCUCUGGCUGCUCUGCAUGGCUUUCAUUACUUUCCUUUGCCUUGCGGGAAUGGUGUGGUAUGCUGAACAGACUGAACGUGAGAAGACUCUUUCCGAGUGUGAAUAUGAGGAGUCAGUUAACAGCACUGAUAUCUCUCCACUGCCUGGUGAUACAUACGCAAAAGGCGAUGGAAAUUGCGAAGUGUCAGAUGUGACCAGAGCGGACAAGAGCAUGACGAAGCGUAAAAGGCCUUCUGGUAAAUGUCGGAUGAGUAAUGGCUUUGGCAGGAAGUAAGGUGGUUUCACUGAGGUGGAGUCCAUCUUCCACGAGGAAGUCCGGAGCUGGAUCUGAAAGCGUUUGGAAAGCCGACAAACACAAUGAAAAGGCUGGUUGAUGAGUUUGGUAGCUGAGGGAUGGUGUGUGAUGACUAAGCAGUUUUAGUGUUUUGGAGCAACUCAUCAGCUUAACGCGUUCCUACAUUAUUUCUUACCAUUUUGUUUAAAGAAAAGAAAUUCUUGAAGCUUUUGUAUAUUUUUAUUUAAAACAUUUUAAGUUUUUUGCUGGCGAUUUAAUUUUGAGUUGAUAGAGUCAACCACAGCAUUAACUAACAUUGAAAUGCAGUUAGGUUAUUGGAACGCAGCAUUAACUAACAAUGAAAUGCAGUUAGGUUAGCUGAACGCAGCAUUAACUAACCAUUAAAAUGCAGUUAGGUUAGCCAACCACAGCGUUAGCUAACACUGAAAUGCAGUUAGGUUAGUGGAGCGUAGGGAACUGUUUCCAGGAAGGCACUUUUUGACUAGUUUCUGCUGCAAUGUGAUCACUCUGAACAGUUGCUCUGUUAAGAGUUUGUGUGAAGCUUGCUUCAGUCAUACAGUAUAUAUAAUUUGUGCCAAAUGCUGUAGUUAUUGAUUUCAAUUUGUGUUGAGUGAAAUGGCUUAAAACUGCUUGGUUAAUGAAGGCCCAACCCUUGCAAACCGUUGAAGGGGUUUUAUAACCUUUAUUCCAGAUUUUUUUCCUGAAUUUUCAUUUAAGUCUUGAACAUUUCACCUGCUGUAUUUUUAUUCAAUAGAUAAUAUAAAUAGAGAAUACAAUCCGUUAAGUACAUCGUGCUAGUUACUUCAUUCUAGUAUCCAGUGGAACUCGUACACUGAUUUGAAAUGCAGUCAUAUUUGAUAUUGACUGCAUCUGACAAUUUUUAGAAUGAAAUAAUCCUGUUUUACUUGUUACAAGAAUAAGUCAUGAAUGAAGAAAACUUGCCAUCCCUACCCUGGCCUCUUACCUCCACCUGCCUUUCACCUCCCCCGGUGCCCAUCGUCUUUCCUUUCCUCUCUUGGGCCAUUCUUCUCUCCUAUCAGAUUCCUUCUUCUUCGGCCCUUUCCACCUAUCAACUCCCAGCUUCACUUCAUCACCCCACCCACCUGGCUUCACCUGUUACCUGCAGCUUUUCCUCUCUUCCUACCCCACCAUCUUCUUAUUCUGGCACCUUCCCCCUUCUUCCCCAGUCCUGAUGAAGGGUCGUGGCCUGAAACAUCGACAGGUUUAUUCAUUUCAAUAGAGGCUGCCUGCCUUGCUGGGCUCCCCCAUCAUUUUCUGUGUGAUGCUCUGGAUUUCCAGAAUCUGCAGAAUCAUUAGUGUUUAUCAUCCUAUUACAAAUAGAAGUGAGGUAGAAAUAUGAAUGACUUUAUUUUCUUUGGUCAAUUUCUUGACAUGUUUGUAAUUCUCAUCAUGAUAAUCCGUCAGAAAACUUGAGUAAUGAAAUGCUGGACAAUGCACUCUGUAGCUUUGAUGCCACUGAAAAUAAUGUUGAUUAUAAUUUUUGUGCGGAACUGGUCUCUUUUGAGCCUAUGAUACAACAAUCAUCACAGCAGCAACAGGCAGGUCUGAUACACAAACUAAUGUCCAAUCUUAUAUGAACUUUCUUUUCAAAACUGACUGUCUUCACUCAGGAAAUCUGUUACAUUUGGAAUACUAACAGACAGUGGUUCCAAAUAAAUCACUUCAGAAAUAUCAA